CAAGUCAUUUUCCAAAAAAAAAAUCCAAACAGAAAAGUUUCGUCAUACGCGGGGCAGUGAAAAAAUCGUGAAAAAAUCAAACUAGAGAAAGUGCGACGUGUGUUUCCUGUGUAAAAAUCAAUUUCAUUGCCCGGAGCAACGAAAUUUCGAACCAUUGUCCUGAUAAGCUACGCUCCGAUGGCCAAGCGCUACUAGAAAAACUUUCCCUUCCUCCGAAAUCCCUCGUUCACGUAAAAAUAUGACUACCCCCGAAAAAGAUAACUGUUCCCCUUCCGGAUCCGGUUCCAAUGCCUCCUCCGCGCACUUUGCUCUUCAUGUGGCCCUGCAAACGAUGAAAGAGCGCUGCCAAAGCCUCCAGAAGCGUUUGGGUACCUUGGAAGAGGAAAACCUUAACCUCCGGAUGGCUCACAGCAGCAACGUCCAAACCCACUCGGUCGGCGGUCUAUCGUCGGCCGAUACUGUCCCGGAGCGUCGUGUUUCCAACCAAACCGAGCUGGAGGUGCUCCGGGAGAAGGUUUCGGAACUGUCCCGGCAGAAGGUGCAGUUGAUGGACCACAUCUCGAUGGUGGCCACCGAGAAUCGGCAACUGUGGAGUCGGCUGUCCAAACUAACCAAGGAUCAGCAUCAGCAUCAACCCGGAUCGGAACAAUUGAACCCCCAGUCGCCUCAGCAGCAACAACAAGCACUCGGUGGUGCCUCAGGGGGAAGCUUCAAUCGGGGCGGUUCCCAGAAUCUGAUCCGCUCCAAAACGUUCACCAAGAAUGCACCGAAUCCGAAGCUACGGGAAAGGUUGCCGCGGGAGGGCGAAGGACGGGAAGGACCAAGCUCCUCUGAGGACUUCCAACUGGAUCUGGAAGACGUCGCGCUGCUUAACAAAUGUGGUUUCAUCGAUAGCGAAAUGGGAGUGGCGGUGCCACCGGUGAUUCCGGAGGGGCUGAUGGACGGCAUGACGAUGGGCUUUCUUGGUCAACCUCCGGAAGAGGGAGGAGUUGACGACGCUAACAUGCUGACGAUGUUCGACAUCGAAAGCAAUCCGGAAGCCAAACGCUGCACCGAUUGGCUGCUGGAAAUCCAGAAAGAGCUGCUCCGGCAGCAAUCGGUGCUCAAGGUGGCCGUCGGAAGGGUGCAGAUUAAGAAGGAAAUUUGUCAAUCGUGUAAUCGUGGUGGUGAUAAUCAUCCACAAAUGGUGGACAAAACCGUUGAAGUCGGUACCGAUUUAACAGGGGUUGAGCAGCAACAAGUGACUUUCUCGACCGAAGACUUACCACUGCCGGAAAUUCCAGCAAAAGGUGCACCACUUACACCAGUUAACGCUACUGCUACAGCAUCUUCCGCUACCAAUUCUUCAACAAUAGAAAACGAAUGUACUACCAUGAAGUACGCCAACAUUCUGAAGGAGAAAACCAAAGCGGAUGCCUUGGACAAAAUGUGUCCAAUGUGCGGUAAAAUCUUCGUGCGUAACGUAGCCUUCGAUGAGUUCCAGGAACAUGUGGAGGCUCACUUUUUGGACGAAAACGAUCUGGAUCUGAGUCUGGAUAGAACGUAUGAGUACAUUUCCCAGACGGUGGGCAAUUUUUGACCAGACGGUGACGAGCCAAAACGAAGGAUUUACUUCUUCAGCGAAUUGUAGCGUGUGGUGUGUGGUCUAAGGAAGACGGUAAGCACCAUCACCUAGAAACAAAAAAAGAGAGGAAGCAGAAAACAGGAAGCCAAUUUAGUUCGCGUAUUAAGAUCCGUCUAAUCCUGAAGCGGUAGGCUACGAAAGAUGGCCAAAUUGUGUAAGUAUUGUUAAAUUCACGACUGCAAUUAGUGAUGUAAGAAAUUUUAAGUAAGAAACCUGAUAACAGAGAGCCUCUGUUGUUGGUUCAAAUGACAUUAUAAAACAAACCUAAAACCUUCAACCAACCUCGCUUCGGUCUUCGAGAUGAUUAAGCACCAAUGAUUAUAAGAUGCGAUUUAAUGGAUUGUUUCAUCUCAAAUAAAACCAUUAACAGCAAAGUGUUAUUUAUCAUUCAGCUUACCAUCUGACGAAAACGCGACACGCGAGAAUUAUUUUAGGUCCUAACUGUAUAUGUAUUUACCCCUAAAUUUAGCCAAACAAAACAAAAAACGAUGCAACUAGGAUUUGGCAUAGUUGCUUUCAUAGCCUUGAAUUUUAUAUCCUAUCAAACUAUAUUUAAACAAAAUAAAUUUCAUUAUGAAUUCCUGAA